CAAAAUGACGAAAUCAGCAUCGGAGAAAAUAUCUGAAAAGAUUAUUCUAUCUUUUCCCGAACUUUGCCGACAAGAUGAAACUAAUUCGCGAAAUCUAUUGGAACAUCAUACGUCGUACAACUCAUACGAGCCUGAUGUCGAGUCAAUAGUUUUUAAUCCUCCACAAUUUUUUUACAUGAAGAGGAUUUUACUUUUCGUAGUUUCGAUUACGAUUAUGUUCGCUGGUUUUCUAGCUGGUUACGCUGCGUAUCGCAUGCACGUUGCUACAAACUUUCGCACUUUAUGGAUCGUGCCCCGUGAAUCGGUUGGCGUGCUUCCUCGUAACGAAGACUUUGAUUGGUUGCCGAAAUGCACAAAAAAGAAUGUAAAUCUUUCCAUAUACGAUGAUUUAUUCUUUCACGAAGAAGCCGAAAUGGAUCUGAGUGAUGACGAAGGCUAUGCUAAAGUGAAUGUGCCGGAGUUUAGAGAUGGUCGUCCUGGACGCUUUAUACACGACUUUAAAGAGAACCAAACGGCUAUUAUUGACUCCAUUGCCAAUCGAUGUUACGUAAUGCCAUUGGAUCGAGAAACUGUUUUGCCACCAAAAAGCUUCAUCGAUUUGAUCAAUAAAAUUGAUUCUGGUUAUUACAACGUCAGUACUGAUCGAAUCCAACGCACUAUGCGCGUGGUAACACCGCUAUCUCUGCAACCGUCAGAUAUAUCAGAACGCAUUAACCAAGAGUGCCGUGGCAUGAUCAUAAAUAAAUUGGAAAAUUACACAUCACACAUUCAUAAGCGUGACGUCAAAUCCGACUAUCCUACCACUUUUGCCGAAUACUUGGGCAAAAGAAUUGUGGAGUACAAUAUCAUGAAUGUGGCCGACGUUAACAAGCACGAAAGCCAAUAUUCGAAGUUUUAAUUAUAAAAUGCCUUACUUAGGAAAUCAGAAACAGGAAC